AUGGUUCCAGGUUCUGGAAUCAGUGGCAUCAUUAAUUCAAAUGUUGGAAAACUGCAAACUGUAACUGUCCCAGUUACUCAGUUCAAUUCGGUUUCAGGCUCAUUCACGUUCCCAACACAGACAAUAAUCACUGUUGAUGGUUUAAACAAACCUGUUUCGCAAGUGCCGCUUGUCACAAGGCGAAGUAAGCGUACAAAAAAACAUCAUGCGAGUGAGGAAUUUGAAUAUCAGCCUGUGGUAAAGAGAAGCAAGGUAGAUGCACAACCAAUCGGCAUGGCGGUUAAUCAAGAAAAAGAAAGUAGUGUGAUGUUUACAGCAGCGGAUUCGUCUCAAUUGCACACAGGUCGCGAUGAAACUGAUGGCGUUCAGUUGUUACAAGAGACACAUGUCAAUGUACAGAAAGUAUGUGACAUACCACAGGAAAACCGACCAGAAACUGACGAACUUGUUAAAAUGCCUACAGCUAUACUUAGUCGCAGACGUAGCUCAGUCGCACUUGGGAAUAAACCGUCCCCUCUACGGGUAUUGCACAAUGAUCCAGAAUUCCGGAGCUCACCAACUGAUAGUGUUAACAGCAGCAAGAAUGCCUCUCCAGUAGACAGCAAAUUUGAUGCAAAAGACUUGGAGCUUGCAGUUCCUCUGCAGGAAGAUCAUACUGAGGACACCAAACAUGACGACGCACCAAAGACGGUGCAAGCUCAGAAUGACCAAACCGUGACAACAUGUUUACCAAAGCCUGAACUUCCAGGCUCUCUCGCUUCUGAACAAGUGAAAGAGACUCCUAGCGUCAGUUCAGCGGAGAGUUCUCAGACAAGUCUACUUUUUUCACAGUCGCCUCUACAUCUGUUGCUGAAUAAUCGAAGCUCAAGCAACUCCCCCGCAAGGUUUAUGAGUCGUCCUAGCUCUCUGAGCAGUAUGGCGGAAUUAGAGAGAGCAUUCGGUAGCGGGGAAUCUCCUUUCCCGAUUGUGUCACCUAACCCAGUCUUUGGAAAACGCAGUAAAAGUGCGUCACCAAGUCACUUUCAGUCUCUGAUAAAUAGCCAGGCUCAGGCAAUGUUAGCUGGCAUGUCUCAACAGACUGCACCAACCAAAGUGAACUCAGUUAGUCCUGUCUUGUUGCCACAUGGAGGGAUGAACACCAGUACUAGCCCGUCUGAUUUCAGUUUUAACAACUCCAUGUUUUCCUUCAGCUUUAACCAACUGCUACAGGGGGCUUCCAAUCAACACACGCCUGUAUCGUCCGCACCCGCUCAGCCAGCUCAGGCGAUGAAUUCCAUCCCAACUACUGCACUGCCUUUGGUACCAACAACGAUGCAAAGUAUGCCUAACACCAUCCUACAGAUGCCUCAUAUGACGCAGCUAUCUUUACUGCAAGCUCCCCAAACUAACGGCAACAUCGUGCAUUUACCGACUACCACAACGUUUGUGCAAACGCCGAUGUCAUCCAGGGUUCAAACAUCGAUGGCUCAUCUUUCUGUUCCAAUGUACCAAACAUCGCAUCCCAAUCAAAUCAACCAGGUGGCACCUGUGCCAUUUUCAUUCACCCAAGCACAAGUGGCACAAUGGUCGACCCCAAUUACCGGUAGUGCACAUAACAGGGCUGCUCUAAUGGCUGGUAUGAGCCCCAUCAUGCCAUCAGAAACCUACAGCCCUAAGUCUCUAACACCAGGUGACAAAUCGUAUCAAAACAUGCUAUUCACACCGCGCACACAAAUGUCUCCUGCGACAACGUUAAACACAACACCUUUGAUUAACACUGAACUGAACAACAGCAGCUUUUUCCAUACUCCAAACAUGUACUCUAUGGCGAACACUGGUAAUCUGCUUCAGCAUAACGCUCCACAGGUGAUUGGACCCUCAGCAUUUCAGCACGUCCCGGCUAACCUUCCAGCAAACGGAAAAUUCACAACAUCUCGAAGACUAGCACUUCCACAGUUCUCCGAAAGUUUUAAGCAACCACCUCAAGCGUAA